UGUCUGUUAAAUGUGAAAGUUAAAUGUGCCGGUUGAAUGUGUGCUUGCAGUCCGUCAGCAGCAGCGAUUGCUGCUGCUAUUUGCUGCAACAAUGGGGAGGCUGGAGGGAGGGAGGCGUUGCACUUCAAGAGGCGGUUGGCGGCGUCUUUGCGAGAGGAGCGUCUCCACCUCCUCCCGGCAAACUCCCCUCGCUCCUCCUCUUUUAUCGUCGCCUCCCCCACCUCCUCUCUCUGUUCUCUAAGCUCACUGCCUCUCCCACCUCACUUACACUCUCACUUCUCACACACUAUCACGUCCCCUCUCUCACCUCUCUCACUCCUCUCAACCCCGAACCUCUCUCUCGUCUCGCGACCCCAUGGCGACGCCGCGCUCCGUGCUGGUGACGGGAGCGAACCGGGGUCUGGGGCUGGAGCUCGUGCGCCAGCUGCUGCUGCUGCCGCUGCCGCAGGGCGCUGCGGACCCCGGCCCCCGCGUGCUCGCCACCUGCAGGGACCCCGACGGGGCCGGCGCGCAGGCGCUGCAGGAGCUGGCGAGCGCUCACCCCCAGCUCACGGUGCUGCAGCUCGGUGAGGCGAGACGCCGCAACUCAUCGGUGUCUCCUCGGUGUUGUUUCUCACGCUGCAGUGUCUGCGUGACUUCUUGGUGUCCCUCUCACUCCUCAGCGUGUCUCCCCGGUGUCCCCUCUCACUCCUCUGCGUAUCCUCCACCGUGCAGGUGUAACGUUCUUGUCUCUCAACUCCUAAGUUGGAUGUUCAACGUGGGCGACUUUCCGUGUGGAGUUCGCGUGUGUUCCCCACCCACGUUCUGCGUGGGUUUCCUCUACGUUCCCCGGUUUGUUUCCCCCUCCCUCCACAGAUAAAGUUAACGCACAUUGCAACUUCCAUUGGCCAAACAUCCCAAUGCUAAAACAAAAAUUACCAGCAGUAGCAGCGGCGGCAUUGGCCAUUACUGCGUAACCCUUGGGCCAGGACCCUAUUGAAGUCGAGCCCUGAGACUCGAGAGAAGCUUUCCCCGGGGGCCCUGGGCGGUUACGUCCGGCGUGUUUGGUCACCGCUCUUUUUUUAUCAGAAUUUUUAUUUAGACUGCAGGAGGAGGAAUCUGAUGAGCGAUGAAGCUAUUUUUUGCAGACGUCCAGUAGGGGCGGAGGGAGUGGGAUUGGUCGGGGGGGGGGGAGAGCGUCUGGAGCCUUCUCGCCUGCCACAGUCACCCCUGAGCCCGAGACGCAUUGUCAUCACCGUUUCACGUGGUGACAACCGGGAAAAGCCUCGCAGCUGAGGCUCAAGACUCGUGCUGAGGAUGGCUCCUGCCAGCGUCUUCUUUCACAGAUGUCCAUGCGAGCGAGCGCGAGAAACGUCCCCCUCCCCGUAUCUCUCUCGUGCCCUUGGAUGUCGUGAGGCUGCGAUAUCAGUCGCGCCGUCGCGCCGCGCUCGCAGUCGCGAGGCUGCCCGGACACGGCACGGGAAUGUGGCCCAAAGAAACCCCGGCGAGGUUCAAAGAGCCUCGGCGAGAUUCGGCGAGGCUCCGAGAGCCGCGGCGAGGCUCAGCAACCCCCGGCGAGAUUCGGCGAGGCUCCGCGAGCCCUGUCGAGAUUCAGUGCAAGGCGCGGCCCGCGUCUUUCUACUCCCCAUUACCUCUGGGAAUCUCCGUGGGCCUCCCUCUGACCCUCUCCCGGCCCGGGUGGCUCUGUCCGCGAGACCCCCGCGUGGCGCUUCCCCGAGCGCUGCGAGUGAACCCUUUUGUGCCGCUGCAUCGGCCGUGCUUCUGUCUCGUUCAGUGUGUCACAGUGUGUGUGUCACAGUGUGUCACUGUGUCACAGUGUGUGUCACUGUGUCACAGUGUGUGUGUCACAGUGUGUGUGUCACAGUGUGUGUCACAGUGUAUGUGUGUCAGUGUGUCACAGUGUGUGUGUCACAGUGUGUGUGUCACAGUGUGUGUGUGUCAUAGUGUGUGUCACAGUGUGUGUGUCACAGUGUGUGUGUCACAGUGUGUCACUGUGUCACAGUGUGUGUCACAGUGUGUGUGUCACAGUGUGUCACUGUGUCACAGUGUGUGUCACAGUGUGUCACUGUGUCACAGUGUGUCACUGUGUCACAGUGUGUGUGUCACAGUGUGUCACAGUGUGUCACUGUGUUAGUAUGUGUCACAGUGUCACAGUGUGUCUGUGUCAGUGUGUGUGUCACAAUGUGUCACAGUAUGUCACAGUGUGUCACUGUGUUAGUAUGUGUCACAGUGUCACAGUGUGUCUGUGUCAGUGUGUGUGUCACAGUGUGUCACAGUGUGUGUGUCACAGUGUGUGACAGUGUGUGUGUGUCAGUGUGUAUGUCACAGUGUGUGUGUCAGUGUGUGUGUCACAGUGUGUGUCACAGUGUAUGUCACAGUGUGUCACAGUGUGUGUGUCACAGUGUGUCACAGUGUGUGUCACAGUAUGUCACAGCGUGUCACAGUGUGGCACAGUAUGUCACUGUGUCUCACUGUGUUAGUGUGUGUCACAGUGUGUCACAGUGUGUGUGUCACAUAGUGUGUGUGUGUGAGCGGUAGUGUAGCGGUUAGCGCGCUGCGCUAUGAACCUAGCGACCCAGGUUCGAUUCCCGCUCACGGCCAACACCAGUGACGAUUAUCUGAACCGGUCCUGGGCCUCCCCUAGGUCGACUCAGCCUGAAAUGAGUACCUGGCGUGGUGUGUAAACAUCGCCAAUGGGGAGACAAAGGCGGUCGGGCGUGGUGCUGGCCACCCACCCCCUCGUGUACCGUUCCGGCCUUCAUAGGUGCUCGCUGACAGCACUUGCCCUUACAGUCUGUUAAGGCUAUACGGGGGACCUUUGUUCUUUGUGUGUGACUACACACACUGUGUGUCACAGUGUAUGUGUCACAGUGUGUGUAGUCCAGGAAAACAACCUCCUACCUCCUCGCGGUGCCGGACAGGCAACAGUGUCGUGGACAGUGCUGUGGGGGGAGGACCAAUGCCUCAUUGGCCUCUCCCCUCAUGGCGUCUGUGACCACCACAGUGGUUAAACGGGGGCUCUGGACGGGUGCAAGGGGCUGGUAACCCCUCCACCCUCAAUUGAUUACCACGAAACUACGAAUUAAACAUAAAUCUGUAACAAAUAAGCUUGUGCCGGAGGCCUCGGGGGGACAAACGUCUAUGACGUCUCCUGGCCAAACCUCAAUUGGCGGAGCCAGGAGAUUGAAUCUUCACCCUCGGGGCUCCUCCAGAAACAACGAAAAGCCACUACAGAUGGCCACAUGGAAUGUUCGAACGCUCACUGUGGAGGAGAGGCUGCCACUCCUUUGUCGGGAGCUGGACCGGUACCGCCUGGAUCUCUGUGGCAUUCAGGAGGUCCGGUGGACCGGUUCUGGCUCCUGCCACCAUGAGGGGUGGACAGUCCUCUACUCGGGGCAGGAGACUGCCAAACAACAGGGUGUGGCUCUUCUUUUGAACAAAAGAAUGAAGAGGGCAUGGGAGCAUGGCGGUGAGGUGUGGGAAGUUGUAAGCCCCAGGAUACUUUGGGCUCGCCUUCCCAUCAACCGGAGGCGAGGAGUGGUGGUCGUGGUUACUUAUGCCCCCACCGAAGACGAACAUCCGUGGAGGGAUGCAGGCAAAGCCGAUGAGUCAGAUGCCUUCUAUGACCUUCUGUCACAGGUGCUGGCUAAAGUGGCCACUCGGGACAGAGUCAUCUUGUUGGGUGACUUCAAUUCCCGAGUUGGUUAUGAUGCUGGCACCUGGUCUGGAGUGAUUGGAAGGCAUGGGCAAGAUCAGCUCCAUAACAACGGUAGGAGGCUGCUAGAUUUUUGUGCAGCCCAUGGGCUUAUAAUUACCAACACGCUCUUCCGGCAUCGGCGUAUCCACACACAUCAUGGAUACAUGCCGGGUCCAAGCAAGAACAUCUGCUGGACUACAUAGUGACGGACCAGCGGAUGCGAGCCCAUGUCCUUGACACCAGGACCUACCGUGGAGCUGAUCUGCCCUCUGACCAUCGACUAGUCAUCUGUAAGAUGUGCCUGCCAUUCUUCCACUCCGGUGGUGGGUGUACACCCAGGACCCCAUUCCAACCUAAAGUGGCCUGGUCUCAGCUGAUGAAAGUUGCAAGCGAGAAUGUCAUCAUCGCUUGCAGCUGGGGUUGGCAUUGUCCCCCACUCCUCCUGAUGUCGAGGGUAAAUGGGCGAGGUUUAGGACUGUGACUCAUGCAGCGGCAAUGGCUGCUUUGGGUACACGGUCCAGACCUCCCCAUAAACCCUGGCUGACAGAGGAGGUGUUCAGGUUAUUUGAAAAAAAGCGACAAGCCCACUCUCAUUGGCUACAGCAUCCCACGUCAGAGAAUGAGGAGGUUUACCGCAGCCUUCGCUCGGAGGUUCGGAGAGCCGUAAGGUGCUGCAAGGAUGGGUGGUGGUCGCGGGUUGCUGAGGAGAUAGAGUCUGCCUCAGUGGCCCGCGAUCACAAAUCACUAUUUAACUCCAUCAAAAAAGUAACCUGCAGCACCACACCUAUUACCAUCAUUAGGGGAAAAAACGGUGAUCCAAUCUCCGACCCCCAGGAACAGGUUUGCAGAUUUGCUGAGCAUUUCUGUGAGGUCCUGGGGGAGGGGAAAUCCCUCAGCCAGGAAAACAUCAUGGCACAAAGUGGGGAUAACCCUGCUGAGGCUGCGGUGCCUCAAAUAUUGGAAGAGGUCACCCCCUGUGAUUGGCUGGCUGAGGUGCCAUCUGUUGAGGAAGUACUGAGGGCGAUCCGGAGUCUGAGACCAGGGAAGGCACCGGGCAGAGAUGAUCUCCCAAGCGAAAUGCUGAGGGAGGGUGGCGUUUGUGCACAGACUGCCCUAGAUGACAUCAUAAAAACAGUCUGGACCACUGGACGGGUUCCACAGGAUUGGAAGGAUGCCCUGGUGGUCCCCCUCUUUAAAAAGGGGGACCGUACCGACUGUAACAACUACAGGGGCAUCUCACUCCUCAGUGUGCCGGGUAAGGUCCUGGCAAGGAUUAUUUAAUAUCGCCUUGAUAGGCACACUGAGGAGAGGCUUGCGGAGCCCCAAUGCGGUUUCAGGAAAGGGCGGUCCUGCACAGAUGCCAUAUUUUCUGUCCGUCUGCUACAGCAGAGGUGUAGGGAAUUCCAAAAAGACCUACAUCUCUGCUUUAUUGACCUGGUCAAGGCCUAUGAUACCAUCAGUAGGACUGGGUUCUGGGUUGUUCUUCGUGCUUUCGGAGUCCCUGACCCUCUGCUCACGAUCAUUAAGGACCUUCAUGAUGGUGAGCGGGCCCGGGUAAAACUAUGUGGCCGGGAGUCGGAGCCUUUCCCUGUACACCUUGGGGUGCGACAGGGAUGUCCUCUGGCUCCCACAUUAUUUAACAUCUAUUUUGACCGCGUAGUUCGUCAAGCCUUCAAUAGCUGUACCGGAGGAAUUUCCAUUUGGUACAGAUAUAAUGGGAGGCUGAUCGAUGCCCGGGUGCGAUCAAGGGAUGGCUCCCUAUUGGUCAACCACGUUAUGUAUGCCGAUGAUUUGGUAAUAGCUGCUCAUUCAGAAGAGGAGUUGGAGACGCUGCUGCUGAGACUGGAGCGUGCCACUAAGAGGUGGGGCCUUACCAUCAGCCCCACCAAAACUAAGCACCUGCCUGGGUAUUUUGUACCAUCGGACACUCCACCCCCACAACUCCCAAUUGGUGAUGGGGCAGUUGUGGAGAGAGUGGAGAGUUUCCCAUACCUGGGCAGUGUGCUUAUGACCGGCUCCAGUUUAUCAGCAGAGAUCUCACUCCGAAUCAGUCGAGCGUUAAUAUCUAUUCAUCGGUUGCGUGACGCUGUGUAGAAGCUACCUGGACUGUCGCUCCGCACGAAGCUUCAGGUCUUCUCGGCCACAGUCAUUCCUUCCCUUUUUUAUGCUUGCGAAACGUGGACCCCUCUAAUGGAGCAUCUUCGCUGUUUGGAAACAUUUAGGCUGGCCUGCCUACGAUCCAUCCUGGGUUUAACCAGGCUGGAUUGUGUGAGGAGCUCACAAAUCCUUGAAAGAUCUGGGCAAAGUCCCAUCGGUGAGCUCCUCCGGCAGGCAAGGCUGCGUUGGCUGGGUCAUGUAGCCCGCAUGCCCAGCCACCGCAUGCCUAAACAGCUUUUGUUCGGCCGGAUUGAGGGGGUUAAAUGGGCGCGGCACGAGCUAGAGAAGAGAUGGAGUGAUGUGGUACGGGAGGACGUGGAGCUGAGUGGACUUGCCGAUGACUGGUACCAGCGGUGUCAAGAUCGGCCUCAGUGGAGGAGGCUCGUGAAGGACGUUACUGGGCAGUUGGAGGCAGUCGCCCUACAACAACAACGGAGGGCUGAGGAGCGACGCUCACAACAACCAGCGGAGCGCCGGGUGACUAAAGCACAGCAAGUUGGUACAGUAGGGGGCAAAGGUGGUGCAUCAGCCAGUCAUCUCAGUCAUCUCGGUCAGUCGACCCGUGGCACCUGCUGGGUCUGCCCCGUGACCUCCUGCCAGCGGGCGUUCGACACUUCACGUGGCCUCAAGGUGCACUUGGCCUGGCACAAGCGUCGUGGUGACGUCACCGCCACUUAGAGGCGAAUGGCAGUUGUUGUUGUGUCACAGUGUCAGUGUGUGUGUCACAGUGUGUCACAGUGUGUCACAGUGUGUGUCACAGUGUGUGUCACAGUGUCACAGUGUGUGUGUCACAGAGAGGCUGGUAACCCCUCCAUCUUCAAUUAACCACCACUAAACUACGAUAUAAACAUAAACCUGUAACUAAUAAGCUUGUGCCGGAGGCCCCGGGGGGUCAGGCUUUUAUGACGUCUCCUGGCCAAACCCCAUCUGGCGGAGCCAGGAGAUUGAAUUUUCACCCUCGGGGCUCCUCCAGAAACAACAAAAAACCAUUGCGGAUGGCCGCGUAGAAUGUUCGAACGCUCACUGUGGAGGAGAGGCUGCCACUUCUCUGUCGGGAGCUGGACCGGUACCGCCUGGAUCUCUGUGGCAUUCAGGAGGUCCGGUGGACCGGUUCUGGCUCCUGCCACCAUGAGGGGUGGACAGUCCUCUACUCGGGGCAGGAGACUGCCAAACAACAUGGUGUGGCUCUUCUUCUGAACAAAAGAAUGAAGGGGGCGUGGGAGUGUGGCGGUGAGGUGUGGGAAGCUGUAAGCCCCAGGAUACUUUGGGCUCGCCUUCCCAUCAACCAGAGGCGAGGAGUGGUGGUCGUGAUUACUUAUGCCCCCACCGAAGACGAACAUCCAUGGAGGGAUGCAGGCAAAGCCGAUGAGUCAGACGCUUUCUAUGACCUCCUGUCACAGGUGCUGGCUAAAGUGGCCACUCGGGACAGAGUCAUCUUGUUGGGUGACUUCAAUGCCCGAGUUGGUCAUGAUGCUGGCACCUGGUCUGGAGUGAUUGGAAGGCAUGGGCCAGAUCAGCUCAAUAAUAACGGUAGGAGGCUGCUAGAUUUUUGUGCAGCCCAUGGGCUUGUAAUUACCAACACGCUCUUCCGGCAUCGGCGCAUCCACACAACAUCAUGGAUACAUGCCGGGUCCAAGCAAGAACAUCUGCUGGACUACAUAGUGACGGACCAGCGGAUGCGAGCCCAUGUCCUUGACACCAGGACCUACCGUGGAGCUGAUCUGCCCUCUGACCAUCGACUAGUCAUCUAUAAGAUGCGCCUGCCUUUCUUCCACUCCGGUGGUGGGUGUACACCCAGGAUCCCAUUCCAACCAAAAGUGGCCUGGUCUCAGUUAGCUGAUGAAAGUUGCAAGCGAGAAUUUCAUCAUUGCUUGCAGCUGGGGUUGGCAUCGUCCCCCACUCCACCUGAUGUCGACGGUAAAUGGGAGAGGUUUAAGACUGUGACUCAUGCAGCUGCAAUGGCUGCUUUGGGUACGCGGUCCAGACCUCCCCAGAAACCCUGGCUGACAGAGGAGGUGUUCAGGUUAAUUGAAAAAAAGCGACAGGCCCACUCUCAUCGCCUACAGCAUCCCACAUCAGAGAAUGAGGAGGUUUACCGCAGCCUUCGCUCGGAAGUUCGGAGAGCCGUAAGGCGCUGUAAGGAUGGGUGGUGGUCGCGGGUUGCUGAGGAGAUGGAGUCUGCCUCAGUGGCCCGUGAUCACAAAUCACUAUUUAACUCCAUCAAAAAAGUAACCUGCAGCGCCACACCUAUUACCAUCAUUAGAGGAAAAAACGGUGAUCCAAUCUCCGACCCCCAGGAACAGGUUUGCAGAUUUGCUGAGCAUUUCUGUGAGGUCCUGGGGGAGGGAAAUUCUCUCAGCCAGGAAAACAUCAUGGCACAAAGUGGUGAUAACCCUGCUGAGGCUGCGGUGCCUCAAAUAUUGGAAGAGGUCACCCCCUGUGAGUGGCUGGCUGAGGUGCCAGCUGUUGAGGAAGUACUGAGGGCGAUCCGGAGUCUGAGACCAGGGAAGGCACCGGGCAGAGAUGAUCUCCCAAGCGAAAUGCUGAGGGAGGGUGGCGUUUGUGCACAGACUGCCCUAUAUGACAUCAUAACAACAGUCUGGACCACUGGACGGGUUCCGCAGGACUGGAAGGAUGCCCUGGUGGUCCCCCUCUUUAAAAAGGGGGACCGUACCGACUGUAACAACUACAGGGGCAUCUCACUCCUCAGUGUGCCGGGUAAGGUCCUGGCAAGGAUUAUUCAAUAUCGCCUUGCUAGGCACGCUGAGGAGAGGCUUGCGGAGCCCCAAUGCGGUUUCAGGAAAGGGCGGUCCUGCACAGAUGCCAUAUUUUCUGUCCGUCUGCUACAGCAGAGGUGUAGGGAAUUCCAAAAAGACCUACAUCUCUGCUUUAUUCACCUGGUCAAGGCCUAUGAUACCAUCAGAAGGACUGGGUACACGGUGCUAGGGAUGCUGCGCUAG